CUUUUUUCUAGUUUGUGCUGUGUAUCCCAGUUGAUAUCCACCCUCUUUAAAAAAUUUUUUUAGGCUAUAAUACAUUUUAUUUGUUUAUUAUUUUUUAACUUUUAUUUUAGGUCCAGGCAUACAUGUGCAGGUUUGUUAUACAGGUGAACUCAUGUAACAGGGCUUUGUUGUACAGAUUAUUUUGUCUCCCAGGCACUAAGCAUAGUACCCAAUAGUUAUUUUUUCUGAUCCUCUCCCUCCUCCCGACCUCCACCCUCAAACAGCCCCCAUGUCUGUUGUUCCUUUCUUUGUGUCCAUGAAUUCUCAUCAUUUAGUUCCCACUUACAAGUGAGAACAUGUGGUUUUUGGUUUUCUGUUCCUGUGAUAGUUUGCUAAAGCUAAUGAACACAAUUUUAAGUGUACAAUACAUUAUUGUUGACUAUAGGUACAGUGUUGUACAGCAGAUCUCUAGAGCGUAUCAUCUUGCUUGACUGAAACUUUAUGGCCUUUGUUUAGUUACCUCUUAUUUUCUCAUCACCCCAGCCCCUGGUAACCAUUAUUCUACUCUUUGAUUCUAUGAAUUUGACUAUCUUAUUUUAUUUUUUAUUUUUUCGAGAUGGAGUUUCACUCUUAUUGCCCAGGCUGGAAUGCAAUGGCAUGAUCUCAGCUCACCACAAUCUCCACCUCCUGGGUUCAAGCGAUUCUACUGCCUCAACCUCCAAAGUAGCUGGGAUUACAGGCACGUGCCACCAUACCCAGCUAAUUUUUGUAUUUUUAGUAGAGGUGUGGUUUCACCAUGUUGGCUGGACUGGUCUUGAACUCCUGAUCCACCUGCCUUGGCCUCUCAAAGUGCUGAGAUUAUGGGUGUGAGCCACCCUGCCUGGCCGAAUUUGACUAUUUUAAUACCUCAUACUUUUAAGUGGACUCAGACAGUACUGGUCUUUCUGUGACUGGCUUAUUUCCCUUAGAAAAAUGUCCUCAUGGUUCAUCCAUGUCACAAAUUGCAGGAUUUCUCUUUUAAGGCUGAAUGAUAUUCCAUUGUAUGUAUAUAUCACAUUUUCUUUAUUCAUUGUGGUGGACAUUUAGUUUGUUUCCACAGCUUGGCUAUUAUGAAUAGUGCUGCAGUGAACAUAGGAGUGCUAAUAUUUGAGACCUUGAUUUCAGUUCUAUUUUUUUUUUUUUUGAGACAGAGGAGUCUUACUCAGUUGCCUAGGCUGGAGUGCAAUGGUGCAAUCUUGGCUCACUAGAACCUCUACUUCCUAGUUUCAAGCGACUCUUGUGCCGCAGCUACCUGAGUAGCCAGGAUUACAGGGUAUGUCACCACACAUGGCUAAUUUUUUGGUAUUUUCGGUAGAUACAGGGUUUCACCAUGUUGGCCAGGCUGGUCUUGAACUCUUUGCCUGCCUGGCCUCCGAAAGUGCUGGAAUUACAAGCAUGAGUCACCAUACCCAGCUUCAAUUCUUCUAGAAAAAACAUCCAGAAGUAGGAUUUCUGACUCAUAUUGCAGUUGUAUUUAUUUAUUUUUGUUAUUCAUUAUUCUUAUUUUAAUAUGGACUGCUUCACAAAUUAUCAGGCCAUCUUUGCGUAGGGACCACACUAAUCUUCUCUGUAUCAUUCCAAUUUUAGUAUAUGUUCUGCUGUAGUGAACAUGGUAGUUCUAUUUUUAAUCCCUUGAGGAGCCUCCAUAGCGUUUACGGUAGCAGCUGCAUCAUUUUGCAUUCCCAGCAACAGUGGGCAAGUGUAUGGACCAGUUCUUCCCACUUUCUUUCUAUGCCCUUACUGAAAAUCACAGAGUACCUUGACUGCUCUGUGACCCAGCUGGCUACAGGUUUUUCUCAGAGGCUUGAACCCAAACUGGGUGUUGAACAUUCCCAGGCACUGAGAAAGGUAUUUGGGUUGUUGCUCAAAGCACUGAUACUGGCCCCCAUCCCUGAGCCAAAUUUCUCAAACUGUCUUAGAAUCUCCAGACUCUGAGCCGCUUGCUGUAGACAUAACUGGGCAAACACCCUUUUCUCUCUCAGUGAUUAUUGCAGCACUCAGUAAGGAAGUUUUCCUAAUACAUUCUUUGGACCGAUCACCCUAGAGCUUAGAGUUUUUUUCCUUUGGUAUCCCAGCCAGCCCUAUUUUCCUUGUGGGAAAUCCCCCUGUUACUGCUUUUGGGGUGAUUCCAGCUGAGGAUUUGAGGGUUUAGAGUGACAAAUGAGCAAGGGUUCAAUUUCUCCACCUCCUUAGCAUUUGUUUUUUGUUUUUGAUGAUAGCCAUUCUGACCAGUAUAAAGUGGUAUCUCAUUGUGGUUUUGAUUUUUAUUUCUCCGAUGAUUAGUGACAUUGAGCAGUUUUCCAAAUACCUAUUGACCAUUUAUAUGUCUACUUUGGAGAAAUGUCUAUUCAGUUCCCAACGCAUUUUAAAAUCAGGUGAUUAAUUUUUUACCAUUGAUUUGUAAGAAUUCCUUAUAUAUUUUGCAGAUUAAAUCCUUAUCUAUGAUUUGCAAAUAUUUUCACCCAUUCUGUAGGUUGUUGCCUUUUCACUCUGUUGUUCCCUUUGCUGUACAGAAGAUUUUAGUUUGAUGUAGUCUUACUUGUUUAUUUUUUGUUUUGUUGCCUGUGCUUUUAGUGUCAUUUAGAUUUCAUUAUCCAUGAAAUCAUUGCCAAGAUCUAUGUCAUGAGAUUUUCCCAUUUCCAACAACACAUGGAAAGGGUCAUAUACCAUGACCAAGUGAGAUCUAUCCUGGGAUGCAAGGGUAGUUCAACAUAUGAAAAUCAACUAAUGUGAUAUAUCACAUUAACAGAAUAAAGAAUAAAAAUCAUAUAAUCAGCUCAACAGAUGCAGAAAAAGCAUUUAACAAAAUUCAGCACCUUUUCAUUAUUUAAAAAAAACUUGACAAAUUAGGAACAGAAAGAAAUUACCUAAACAUAACAGAGGUCAUAUAUAAAAAGCUCACAGCUAACAUCAUACUCAAUGGUGAAAAACUAAAAAGCUUUUACUCUCAGAUGGGACACAAGGCAAGGAUGCCAACUCUUGUCACUUCUAUCAUUAAAAUAGUAUAUCUCUAUAUUAAAGGAGACUAUCAAGAAAAUGAAAAUACCAUCCACACAAAGGGAGAAAAUACUUGCAAUCAUAUCCGAUUGUCAGAAAUUUGCUUAAUAUAGUUGCUGCCUCAGUGCCCAUUUUUAGGCCUGAUAUAAGUUAUCUGAAACCCAUUCAUAUCCCAUUACUCUUGGCCUAGUUAAAACUUUCUUUCCCCUUGUAGUUGUUUGCAAUACAGCUCACUUGUUCCUCCCCCUGCUGACCCAAAACCCAACACACCCCACAGGUGCUGACCAUGAUAAAACCUCAAAGUCAACAUAAGUCAUGCAAAAACAACUUUCCCCUUUCCACAUGUUUCCUUUAAACUAGUCAAUCCACAACCCCAGAGGGAAAGCCUAAGGGAUAACAUCCAUGGACCUUAAUAAAGGUGUAGUCCUGUGGUCCUCCCUCUCACCCCAAACUCACUGGUUGAGCUCCCUGCUACCUCCAGACUUCCAGAAACCAUAGCAAUAAAAAUUAUGACAUUGAUAAAAGUCUAAUUUCCAGAAUUUAGAAAGAACUUUUACAACCCAACAAUAAAAAAGAAAUCAAUUUUAAAAAUGGGCAAAGAGGCCAGGCACGGUGGCUCAUGUCUGUAAUCCCAGCACUUUGGGAGGACUAGGUGGGCGGAUCACCUGAGGUUGGGAGUUUGAGACCAGCCUGGCCAACAUGGCAAAACCCUGUCUCUACUAAAAAUACAAAAAGCUGGGCGUGACGGUGGGCACCUGUAAUCCCAGGUGCUCAGGAGGCUGAGUCAGGAGAAUCACUUGAACCUGGGAGGUUGCAGAGGUUACAGUGAGCCAAGAUCAUGCCAUUGCACUCCAGCCUGGACAACAGAGUGAGACUUCAUCUCAAAAAAAAAAAAAAAAAAAAAAGGGCAAAGAAUUUGAAUAGAUGUUUCUCUGAAGAAGAUAUACAAACGCUCAAUAAGUAAACAAAAAGUUGCUCAACAUCCUUACUCUUAGGGGAAGUGCACUUUAAACCCACAAAUCUACCAUGAGAUACCACUUCACACCAACUGGGAUGGCUAUUUUAUUUUAUUUUAUUUUAAGUUCUGAGGUACAUGUGCAGGAUGUGUAGGUUUAUUACAUAGGUAAAUGUGUGUUAUGAUUGUUUGCUGCACUUAUCAACCUGUCACCUAGGUAUUAAGCCCAGCAAGCAUUAGCUAUUUUUUCCUGAUGCUCUCCCUUCUCCCACUCACCCAACAGGCCCCAAUGUGUGUUGUUCCCCUCCCUGUGUCCAUGUGUUCUCAUUGUUCAGCUCCCACUUAUAAGUGAGAACAUGCAUUGUUUGGUGGGAUGGCUAUAUUUUUUUUAAAAAAGACAAUACAAAGAUUGGCAAUAAUAUGGGGAAAUUGGAACCCUCACACAUUUCCAGUGGGAAUAUAAAAUGGUGCAGCUGCUGUGGAAUAUAGUUCCUCAAAAUAUUAGACAUACCUGACUCAGCAGUUCCUAGGUAUGUACCCAAGGGAAUCGACUUGUACACAAAUGUUCAUAGCAACAUUAUUCAUUGCUGGAGUCUGAAUGUGUCGCUCCAAAAUUUAUGUUUAUAGCUAAUCUCAUACCUAUAAUCCCAGCACUUUGGGAGGCCAAGGUGGGCGAAUCAUUGAGGUCAGGAGUUUGAGACCAGCCUGGCCAACAUGGUGAAACCCUUUCUUUACUAAAAAUACAAAAAUUACCAGGCGUGGUGGUAUGCGCAUGUAAUCCCAUCUGCUCAGGAGACUGAGGUGCAAGAAUCGCUUGAAACUGGGAGGCAGAGGCUGAAGUGAGCCAAGAUGGUGCUACUGCACUCCAGUAGGGACAGCAGAGCCAGACUCUGUCUACAAAAACUAAAACUAAAACAAAAACACAAAUACACGCAAAAACAACAACAAUUAAAAGCUAAUCUCUACUCUGAUAGUAUUAAAGUUGAGGCCUUUAGGAGGUGAUUAGGUUAUGAGGACAGAGCCCUCAUGGAUGGGAUGAUUGCCCUUAUGAAAGAGAUGUGAAGGAGAUUGCUUGCUGCUUCUAUCACAAGAGAAUACUGCAAGAAGGUGCCAUUUUUGAAGAAGAGAGCAAGCCCUUACCAGACACUGAAUCUGCUGGUGCCUUGAUCCUGGACUUAACCACCUCCAGAACUGUGAGCAAUACAUUUCUGUUGUUUACAAAUUACCCUAAAGUGUUUUGUUACAGCAGUUCAAAUGGACUAAGACAUUUAUAAUAGCUCCAACUGGAAACAGUCCAACUCUCCAUCAACUGAUGAAUAUAUAAACAAAAUGUACACAUAAUGGAAUAUUAGUCAGCCAUAAAAAAUAUGAAGUACUUAUACUACAACAUGGAUGAACUUCAAAAACAUUGUACUGGCCAGGUGGGGUGGCUAAUCCUGUAAUCCCAGCACUUUGGGAGGCGAAGGUGUAUGGAUCGCUUGAGUCCAGGAGUUUGAGACCAGCCUGGGCAACAUGGCAAAAUCCCAUCUCUACAAAAAAUACAAAAAUUAGCCAGAUGGGGUAGCACAUGCCUGUAGUCCCAGCUACUUGGGAGGACUGCUUGAGCCCAGGAUGCAGAGGUUGCAGUGAACCAAGAUCAGGCCACUGCACGCCAGGUUGGGUGAUGGAGCCAAACUUCAUCUCAAAAACAACAAACAGACAACAUUGUACUAAGUAAAAGGAGCCAGUCACCAAAGGCCACAUAUUGUAUGAUUCCAUUUACGUGAAAUGCUCUGAAUAGGCAAAUCCUUAGGGACAGAAAAUAGAUUAGUGGUUGCCAGGGGAGGAAGGAAUUGGGAGGCAUGAGGUUUCUAGAAUUAGACAGUGAUGAUGGUUGCACAGUUUUGAAAAUAUACUAAAAACCACUGAAUUGUUCACUUUACAAAAGCAAAUUUUAUGUAUGGUAUAUAAAUUAUGUCUCAAUUUCUUAAAAAGUAGAUCUUUGUGUUGUCAUAUAGUCUAUAUCCAGAAAACCUCUUUACUUUUUGCAUGAAAUAAUUUAAAAAUUAUGUCAGCUACAUUUUAAAAAUUACAAUAAAGCCCUGAAUGUUUUUCUGAAACUCUAUUAUUCUAAAACUGACAAAAAAAUACUGUAUGCAAUAGAUAACUUCUUUGUCAUAUUUCUCUAUUCAAAAUAUUGUGAAUAUUUGUAUUUCUCAACAUAUUAUAGCCAAAAAAUGUAUAUCUAUUUUUUGCUGUACUGGCACAAAUUUGGGUUGCACCGUCUUCUAAAAUGUUAAAAUAAAAAUGGUAUUUUUGUUGGUUUCUCAUAAUAAUAGCUUUAUGUUUAAUUUCAAAAGACCCUAUUUAUAAGUGUUCAAAGAUACAUUUUAAGAAUUGGACAUUUUUUUAAUGGGUUGCUUAACAUUAGCUGGCAUGGCUUUAGAAUUAAAUAUUAUUAUGUGGAAAUUUGUAAAGAGAUAAAUACUGGACAAGUUAAGAUAAGGUGAGAAAAUGUUUUCAGGGACCAGGACAUAUAAUUCUAAUUCAAAACCUUCUAGAAAAUACUUUAUAGAAAAGUAUUUGCUUUGCUGCAAACUACAUUUUCCUAUUUUUUUUUUUCAAUUUAUUUAAGGUAGCAAGAUAUAUAUUUUACUCUUAAAAUAUUUAACUUUUAUUGCUAUGUUAAUCACUUUUCAAUGUACAAUUUUUCAAUUUUCUAAUAUACCAAAGAUAUUCCUCUUAAAUGGGUUUCUUCCUUUUACUCAUUGAAACUAAAUGCAGCUCAGUUAUUUGAUUAGUUGAUGCUAGAAUUUGACCUGGAGCUUAUAUAAUUAGAAGAGACACUAGUUUUCCUCAUUUAAAAGCCUGGUUAGCAUACUACGGUCUCGUUUCAGGGGAAGUCAAACCUCUCUACUGCUUCUUUUUAUAACCUCUAAGUUAAUUCAGAACCCAGAUAAGCCUUGAUCUGAGGAUGUUAUAACCACCACAAGCAACAUGGGAACUUCUAGAGAAAUCAGGAAGAAGACUUCAAAAAAAAUGAUAUGAUGUCUCCCAGUGGAGACAGGGCACGAGGUGCAGGGAAGAGGAGGUGGCCUAAGCCAGGACGAUGAGGAUGCAAUGUUGAAGAAUAAGUGGGAGAAGAGAAGUAACCGGCACUAUGGAAAAAACCAAAACAAAGCAAGGAGAGAAUGAACAUAUGCCGGUGAAUAAUCCUUCCACGCAGAUAUACCAGGCUUCGAAGUACAAGUCUUCCCUGAACCUACCUCCAGUGGGAGCCCGCCUCCAGCGGCAGGAUGGAGGGAUCAUAACCUCUCUAGAGAAGCUUCAUGAAAAAAUCAACGAGAUGAGGAACGUGUUCAACUCGCUGGAGAACAAGUUGCAGGCCCUAGCCUCUGAACUCAAAACUGGUUUCACAGAAGCAAUGCAAGAACUGUCAAGAAUUCAACAUGGAGAAUAUGCUUUGGAAGAAAAGGUUAAGAGCUGCAGAUGUUCCAUGGAAGAAAAAGUUACUGAGAUGAAGAAUUCAUUAAACUAUUUCAAGGAAGAGCUGAGCAAUGCCAUGUCAAUGAUCCAAGCCAUCACUUCCAAACAAGAAGAAAUGCAACAGAAAAUCGAACAGCUUCAACAGGAGAAGCGAAGAGAAUCUCGAAAAGUUAAAGCCAAGAAAACUCAGAAAGAAGAACACAGCUCACAGGCCGGGCCUGCACAAGCACAAGGAAGUCCUUUUCGUUCAAUCAAUAUCCCUGAGCCUGUUCUUCCAAGCGAAGACUUUACCAACCUUUUGCCUUCUCAGGCCUAUGAAAAAGCCCAAGAGUCCAGAUCUGUUCAUGUAGGAGACAGUAAUGUGAAGGGAAUGAUGGGUCCUGGAGUGAACCCAACAACUCCAGAAGCAGAAGAAAACCUCAAGUCUUGCCUCUCGGCUGAGAUCCAGCCCAAAGGCCAUCUCCCAUCUGGCAUGUGGAGGCAGCCUAAGGAUGGUAAAGAAUGGGGUGAAGAAUACGUCACCAAAGACCACCCGGAUAAACUCAAGGAGGCCAGCCAGGGUAGACACAGCUCCUUGGAAAACGUUUUAUGUGAAACCUCCUUAGCUGCUAAAAGACAGACUGUGGCCCUGGAAUUGCUUGAAUCUGAAAGAAAAUAUGUCAUUAACAUCUCUCUGAUCUUGAAGAUAAAAGCCACAUUCCAGGGGUCUGAUGGAAAGAGGAAUUCCAAAGAGAGAAGCCUCUUCCCUGGCUCUUUACGGUACCUUGUCCAGCAGCACCUGGAUCUGCUUCACGCACUGCAGGAAAGGGUCCUGAAGUGGCCACGCCAAGGCGUCCUUGGAGAUUUAUUCCUUAAGUUAACAAAUGAUGAGAAUAAUUUCUUGGAUUAUUACGUUGCCUACCUGAGGGACCUGCCUGAGUGCAUCUCAUUGGUUCAUGUUGUAGUCCUGAAAGAGGGUGAUGAAGAGAUUAAAUCUGACAUCUACACGUUGUUUUUCCACAUAGUCCAGCGCAUCCCGGAAUAUCUGAUACAUCUGCAGAAUGUCCUGAAGUUCACAGAGCAGGAGCACCCUGACUAUUAUCUACUCCUGGUGUGCGUCCAGCGCCUCCGAGUAUUUAUCUCACACUACACCCUGCUGUUUCAAUGCAAUGAAGAUUUGCUUAUUCAGAAACGGAAAAAGCUCAAGAAGUCAUCCAUGGCGAAGCUGUACAAAGGGCUGGCUUCCCAGUGUGCCAAUGCCGGGCAAGAUGCUUCCCCCACUGCAGGUCCUGAGGCUGUCCGUGACACUGGGAUCCACUCAGAAGAGAUGCUGCAACCCUACCCUUCUGCUCCCAGUUCUGGCCCUACCGUCACACAUCUGAUGCCCCCAGUGAAGAAAAGCCAACAGCAGCAAAGCCUGAUGGAAAGCAUGCAGCCCGGGAAGCCCAGUGACUGGGAGCUGGAGGGCAGGAAGCACGAGCGGCCCGAGAGCCUCCUGGCGCCCACGCAGUUCUGCGCGGCCGAGCAGGACGUGAAGGCGUUGGCCGGGCCCCUGCAGGCCAUCCCGGAGAUGGACUUCGACCCCUCUCCGGCCGAACCGCUGGGCAACGUGGAGCGCUCCCUGCGUGCCCCGGCCGAGCUCCUGCCCGAUGCCCGCGGCUUCGUGCCGGCGGCCUACGAGGAGUUCGAGUACGGCGGCGAGAUCUUCGCGCUGCCUGCGCCCUACGACGAGGAGCCGUUCCAGGCCCCGGCCCUCUUCGAGAACUGCUCGCCCGCCUCCUCUGAGUCCAGCCUGGACAUCUGCUUCCUGCGGCCCGUCAGCUUCGCCAUGGAGGCCGAGCGGCCAGAGCACCCGCUGCAGCCGCUACCCAAGAGCGCCACGUCGCCGGCGGGCAGCAGCGGCGCCUACAAGCUGGAGGCGGCCGCGGCGCAAGCGCAGGCGCAGGCGCACGGCAAGGCCAAGCCGCUGAGCCGCUCGCUCAAGGAGUUCCCGCGUGCGCCGCCCGCCGACGGCGUGGCCCCGCGCCUCUACAGCACGCGCAGCAGUAGCGGCGGCCGCGCGCCCAUCAAGGCCGAGCGCGCUGCACAGCCGCACGGCCCGGCCGCUGCAGCUGUUGCCGCCCGCGGCGCGCCCCGGACUUUCUUCCCCCAACAGAGGUCCCAAAGCGAAAAACAGACCUAUUUGGAAGUAAGGAGGGAGAUGCAUUUAGAAGAUACUACCAGAUUCUGUCCCAAAGAAGAAAGAGAAAGUGAACAAACAUCUUUCAGCGAUCAAAAUCCCAGGCAAGACCAGAAAGGGGGCUUUCGCAGCUCCUUCCGCAAGCUCUUUAAAAAGAAGUCCAGUGGAUCAGAAUACAGGGAAAAAACUAAUGAGAAUCUCUCAAUGGAUCCUUCACCCACCAAACAAGAUUUCUUCAGAAACCGACUUGCUCUUGCAAAUGACCUUGACCAAGGAACAGCUGUGUAAAACAUACUUAAAGUUGUAUUGUCAAGUGAGUUCCUCAAAAGUUAAAGACUAAUGUCUCAUCCAGAAGAAAAGAUAUUAAAACAGAAGGCUGUACAAGAUUUUAAUACAGAGAUUUUUAUCGGUUUCAUCACAAUCUUCCCUUUCAAGAAUCUUCUUCCUGUUCUGCAAAUCUAUUUGUAAGGUGAGGCUACUCAAAAAGCAAAAGCAGUGGCCACUAGAGAGAUGCUGAGUGGUCACUGUUGGAGAGAGACCACAUCCACAGUACAGAGUACUCCAAGCAUCCCUGACCUGUGUUCCAAAUUUAGGGUGCCCUCUCCCUUUUUGAAGGAAAAGUUUAUUUCAGUCUAAAAAUCUAAAAUCAACACCCACAUCCAUUUUUUCUCAAAUGCCAUGAAAAUCAGGCUAAAAAAUUGAGGGAUAUCAAGGGGAAUUUUAAGUUGAAAAACAAAAUAAAAUCAAGUUCUAAGUGAAUUAAAGUAUGUUUUAAGAAAACUGUGGCUAUGUUUAAAGGCAAGCUAUUUCUAAACAAACUUUUCAUCUUCUUAAGCCAACACUUCUGGCCAUUCCAUUACUUCAGUAAUUGAUUACAAUGCUGGGAAAGCCAUGAUGUGUUUCAGUGGCAUAGUCAAAUGGGAUCACACCAAUUCUUGGUCUGUUAUGUAACAUUCUCAAAGAAACUUUCACAUAACUUAUUUCAUGUGAUUUAUGCAGAAACUGUUCACAUGAACAAGCAGAAACAAGGAAGAGAUGUAACUAGACUUAUCUAAGGUCGUACAGCAGAGUGGCAGAGAUGGAUCCAGAACCUAGAUCAUGUGAUUCCUGAUUUAGUAUUCUUUUCUAUCAUAUCAUAUAACCUCCCUGGAUAAGAAACCCUUAAAUUCAGGGUUCCUUAAAGUUUCCACAGCUGUGAGAUCUAAAUAUAAAGAAUUAAACCACAAGUUAUAAUCACUAUAGAAAUUUACAUGAAUGAUUAAUUCAGAAUGUACCUGUACUGCUAAUCUUGGUUAAAGGCACCAGAAAGACACUGAAAAACUGGCAGUCCAAUUUUGAUUCUGUAACUCUUGAUUAGUCUUCCAGAUUUUAAGAAUUAACAACUGUACCAUCCCGUAUGCUGUAUAGGGUUUCUGCAGCUGGCAGUGAAAUUAACAUUCCCAUAAUCAUGACUGUUGUUUUAGGUUCUAGAGUUGUUUUUAGCUUGACUAGAAUUAAGAGUAGUCUUGCCAAAAGACAAAAGCAGCAGAAACUAGAAAUAAACCAAGAAAAUCUGGCAAAAAUUUAAGUACUUUGAAAUAAUAUCUUAAAGGCUGCAUGUAGUCCCAGGCUUGUAUUAAUUUAUAUUCUAUUUUUAGUCUAAAGCAAUGAAAAAUUGCUAAUGAAUCAAAAACACAGAGAAAUACUUAUAUUUGAAAUUUAAUACAGAAAAGCAAUACAAAUUCCAGAAGUUAAUUUCUAUUUCAUUGGUUUCUCCAUUUCAAUGACUGUAACAUACACCAUGUCACUAACCACUGGAGACCUUUAUCUUACUGAUAAUGUAAAGAGCUAAGAUAACAUAAACAAAUGCCCAUCAAUAAGGACAGGUUAUAUAAUUUUGGAAGGAAACAGAGUACCUAGUUCUAUUGAUUAGGCAAUGGUAAAAGUGAAGUUUUAUACUGCCAUCAUUAGGUGUAGAGCAGCAGUUUUUUACCCAUAUUCUAAAACCAAGUUGCAGAGAGAAAUGAAAGGUAAACACAUAAAAAUACAAAAGCCAGGCUGGGUUUGGCUUUAAAAUGUAAGCAAGAACAUAUAAUUGGAGAAAAAAAUUUAAAACAGCCUAUUUUUAUAUUCUCCUUUCUGUUUCUCAGUUGCUUGUGGAGAUAAUUCCACAAAGUUCUUUUUCAAACAUGACCUCCUAAUAGAUCUUAAUAUGGUCAACAAAAACUUCUUCUACAGUUUUUUCCCCCUCAUCAUUAGAGAUAACAUUACUGGGCUACUUGACUCUCAAAUCCCUGCACUAAGGUUUCCACCAUAUUCAUUAACUGCUUUGCUUCCCCUACUCAAAAAGCUAACUCUAUAGAAAUACCUGCCACUCUACCAUCACCAAGCUGGUUUAGGCCCAGGUUAUUUCAGACAGAAGCUAUAGUUAUUUCUGUAUACUAGCCUUCUAGCUGUCUCUGUCUUCCUCACUGUAAAACCACCAUUCUUCGAUAUUUUACUGCACAAUUCUUCAAGAUUUUAGGAACUCAAAAUAUACCUACAUUAGUGUUCAGAAUAUAGAUUGGAAGUGAUAAUCUAAUCUUUUUUCCUUAUGUGCCUGUUUUAAUUGACACUUGACAUUUUAUUUGACAAGGUCAAUGAGAUUUGUGAAAUAUUUAUUACAUAAAAAAGUUAUUUACGUAAAGACCACCCUACACCCAACCACCAUAGUAGAACACUGUUAAUCAGGAUGUCUGUUCAUGUGAUAAUUCUCCCUUUAAAGCAGCCAUUUAAAAAGCUACAAGAAACAAUAAGCUCCUCAACAAGGAUUUAUAAACAAUCAGUCUUGAAUUCCUUAAAAAAGGAAACAGACGCUAUGCUGACGCACAAACACUUUUUUAAAAAAUCAGUUUAAAAAUAGAACAGUACUGCCCUACAGAUCAAAAAUUGUUCAAAGAUUUAAAAAAGUUAAAACACCCAAACUGAGCUUAUAUAGGACAAAACUCAAAUCUAAUUCAGGUUUUUGAGGCUUUCCCAUAUGAAGAUAUAAAAUAGCAGUAAAUACUUUAAAGAAAAGUAUCUUUUGGCUUAAGUUUUUUUCAAUAUCAUCUUCUGUGUAAGAGAAAUUCCCAUGCAAGGGAAACACCUUUUCCCACAGUUGAAUAUGCAAAGUCUUUAUUUCCCCGAAAAUGUCAAUUCUGAAUUAUUUUCCUUACUUCAGAGUCAUCUCAUUUUUCUAAAACAGACUAUUAAACUGGACACCACACCACCUACCAUUUCUCUACUCACGUUGUUUUAGUCUCAUUAACUAACUUAUACUCUGUUGCCUACAACUCUGUAACAGAAGUGAAAUUCCUACUCUCAACUUUUUCUUUGUACAUAUUGCUUUUUGCUUUCUUACUUAGGAUAAGGAAAUAGUCUCUUCCUAUCAUUGCCAGAUUUAGAAUGAUCCAUCCAAUUGGAUGAUUUUUCCCCUAGCUUUUGGGACAAAUCCCAAAGUUCUAAUAUAGUUAGGAAUUAUGAUACAUCCAGAAACACCAAAUCAAGCUAUAGAUUCCACAUAAGACCCUGUUGCAAUCUUUUAAGCAAGUCAACCAUUUUCUAAUUGCAAAAAAAAAAAAAAAAUAAGAUAAUGACCAGUAUCUAACUAUACAUAAAAAAAAAUCUAUGCAUUCCAAUGGAAGUGUAUCUAUAGUGAGGACUCACCUCUAUCCUAUUUCAAUAAGAAAAAAAAAUUACAAUAUUUUGAUAGUACACACAAUUGCCCAGAAAUGAACAAGCCAUUUAUAUUACUGGAAGUUCAAGUUAUUUAUUUAUUUUUUAUGAGUUCACAUCUGUACCAGAUCCUUUUAUUAACACAUAUAAUUUAAAAGUUGUAACAUAUUCUAUUCAUGAAAACAGUCACCUUAUAUAAGUCAGUGUAAUUAGGUGAAAAGUACUCUACUGAGUCAAGAAACCUAAUUUCAAGUCCAUGUUCUGGAAUUAACUGGUGAUAUGACUUCUGGCAAAUCGUAUUUUCAGGGGACUUGGGAUUUGUACAUCUCUUUGAGCACUAGAGAUCUAUAGCUCCGUUUUGUACAUUACUGUUUAAACACUUGAGACAAAAGGUUGGUUGAACACCACAGUGAAGUCUGAAUAAAGUAAGGUUAAACCAGUUUCUCUUCUGUUUUUAGACAAUGUCUAACCAAACUAUAAUAAUCGAAAAGAUGUCUGUAAGUGAUGUCUUAUAGUAUUAUUAAAUUUUCUCAUGUAUGAUAUCCAAUGUCUUUUAUUACAAUUCUAUAUAAUAAAAAUGUGUAAGUUAAAUGUUAGCUUUGUUUCAGUGUAAGCCACAACCUGUACUGUAUGUUCUCCAAUAAAUAUACCUACUAACCAAA